AUAGAUUUUGAUUCUCUAACGUCAGAGAAGAUUCUACAAUACACCACACUCACAGAAGCCGAGGGGCAAGCAAAACCACCCAUAGCCAUGGCUACUUCGAGUUCUAUUCUAGAAGCUCCCGCAUCCAUCUUCUCUUCUUGCUCCAUCAGAUCUCCUCUCACUCUCAGAAAACCAUACCCUUUUCUCGUUAACAUCAAGCGGCGCCGUCCUCAAAGGAAAAGAAACUUCGUGUUGAAAUCAGCUGUUGAAGAUGUCUCUGUUCUUGACUCCCCGCCGCCGCCGCCGCCUGCAGAUGCUAAAUCUCAACUCAUUCCUUCCUUGAAGCUUAAAUUACUGAGUAUUGUUUCUGGGCUGAAUAGAGGUCUUUCUGCGAAUGAAGAUGAUCUCCAGAAAGCCGAUGCUGCUGCCAAGGAACUUGAAACGGUUGCCGGACCGGUGGACUUAACGACCGAUCUCGAUAAGCUUCAAGGGAAAUGGAAACUGAUAUACAGCAGUGCAUUCUCGUCUCGGACACUCGGUGGAAGCCGUCCCGGACUUCCCACUGGAAGGUUGCUCCCUGUAACUCUUGGCCAGGUGUUUCAGAGAAUCGAUGUUGUGAGCAAAGAUUUCGAUAAUAUAGCAGAAGUUGAAUUGGGAGCUCCAUGGCCUUUGCCUCCUCUUGAAGUGACUGCCACCUUAGCCCACAAAUUUGAACUCCUAGGAACUUCAACGGUCAAGAUAACAUUUGAGAAAACAACUGUGAAAACAAAAGGGAACUUAUCUCAGCUUCCGCCAUUUGAAGUACCGCGGAUUCCAGAUGCUUUGCGGCCUCCGUCUAAUCCAGGAAGCGGCGAGUUCGAUGUUACCUUUAUCGAUUCCGAUACCCGCAUCACCAGAGGAGAUAGAGGUGAGCUCAGGGUUUUUGUCAUCACAUAAACUAGUAAGCCCCCUUCUCUUGUGUAUUCAUGUUGGCCCCUACGUCCGGCAAAUUCGUGAAUGCAUGUCGGAUUGUUUCUUUUUCAAUAUCCAUGUAAACAUGAACAUAAACAUAACACAGAUUAUUACUUCGGUGGCAUACUGUUAUAUGCGGCA